AUGGCAGACAUAGGGACAAUCAAGUUCAACACCGAGACAGUUCUCAUCGACUCUUAUGCCAAUCUCAUACUCUACACUCUGGAGCUCCUCGCGUUUCAUACCUAUCUGCGUUGUGAACGCUCGUGCCGCGACAGAAAGACCCUCAAAGCCACAGUUUUCUCGUGUGUCUUUCUCGAUACCGUCGGGACAUUUGCAGCUUGUGCUACGGCAUUCACAGAAGCUGUUAUACACUGGGGCAAGUGUCUCAAUUCCUACCACCAGGACUCAGACUUUCCUCACGUCAAGUCACUCAACGCAGGCGAUCCGAGGGAACAGGGACGGUUACAUUGGACUAACGCUCUGUGGUUUGUAUGCAGCCAAGUCGUCGCCCUUGCCGUUCAAGGAUUCAUGGUGGCGCGGUAUUUCAAACUGUACGCCGGAGCUACCUCAUGGAUCAGUCAUGCAAACCCGCUGACGAUCAUUGCAGAUCUCGCAAUUAUGUCGUGA